GCCUCCUGCCCUGAGCCUAGAGCCACUCCCACUACCAUCUGUAUCUCUGUUAUUAUCGCCAUCAUCACCAACAACAUCUAACAAAACACUUCACGUCCAUUCUCUUAAGAAUCACCCCCACCAUUUCACCCAGUCCAGUCCAGUCUUGCUCAGCCUCGUCUCACCUUGACCAAUUCCACUCACUCCCCUCACGGUCGCACUCUCUUCUGCGCACCGUCAUUCCCUCAUCUCCAAUGCCGUGCUAACAGAUGGGUCCUUUCAAAUGGUUCCUGUUCGUCUAUGUCCUUGGGGGCCUCACCUUCAUACCGCUCCUCAUCCUCCUUCUAUUCCUUCAUGCCUACUAUACCCUCCCCAUACCCAGCGAAGAGAUGACAGAGUCAGAACGCAAUGACCCAGCCGGCCUCAAACACCCCGAUGACGAGAAAGCUAUCUUCAAGACAGGCACAGAUGAUCUAGCAGAAAAGUUCCACCGCAAACAUGAUUCCGACGUCGCUGCAGGUUACUUUGCUGUGUGUCGAGAGUAUGUUCCCGGAGGAGUCAAUGGCAAACCUCCGGACAAGCUCACUCCAGCGGGAGAUGUCGUUUCCACAGAGUCCCCCAGUGUCUACCAGACUAUGUACAGAAGUAUAUUUGAUCGCUCACAAAAGCCUACCAUUGAGCCAAACAAGGAUGGGCCAGGAAAGACGGUCAAGAAGGCCAAUAAUGUCUUCUAUGUUGUUCUGAGGUAUAAUGUCUAGUCGGCAUGUUGAUUGUUUUCAUACUAAUUGGUAUAUCCAGACACGGUCAUCUAAUGCUGUACGAUGAUAUCCAGCAGCUCGAGGUUCGCUAUGUCAUCUCGCUUGAUUAUCACAAUGUCGAUAUCUAUGGAGGAGGUGAGGAAAUCCCAGAGGGCGAACUCUGGAUGAAAAAAAAUGCAAUCCGCCUGAGUCGCAAGAAGAUCAGGCCCGGCGAUUAUACCUCGUCCUUACCAUUCUUCCUCUUCAGCGAGAAUCUCUCCGAAAAGGAAGAUUUCUACUUUGCCAUUCUCAAAAACCAGGAGAGGAAUAUCGGAGAUGAUGCCCCCCUUCCUCAGGAAUUUGAGGUUCAGCAUAUUGUCACGCUGGUCCAGAAACUACACUCGUCUGAGGAGCACCUUCAGACGCGAUGGUUGAAUGCAAUGAUUGGCCGGUUGUUCUUGGCCAUGUACAAGACCCCCGAGAUGGAACAAUUCAUUCGCAUGAAGCUCACCAAGAAGAUCUCCCGGGUCAAAAAGCCCAACUUUAUUACCAAGCUUGCCUUGCGAAAGAUCGACACGGGCAAUUCAGCACCCUUUAUCACGAACCCUCGACUUAAGGAUCUCACCGUCAACGGGGACUGUGUCGUCGAAGUGGAUGUCAACUAUUCUGGCCAUUUCAGGAUCGAGAUUGCCGCCACUGCAAGGAUCGAACUCGGAUCACGCUUCAAGCCUCGUGAAGUCGACAUGGUGCUGGCUGCAACGUGUAAAACAUUACAGGGCCACGUUCUCCUUCGAUUCAAGCCCCCUCCCAGCAAUCGUAUUUGGGUGACCUUUGAGAAGAUGCCACAAUUAGAUCUGGACAUUGAACCCAUUGUUAGCUCUCGCCAGAUUACGUACAACGUGAUCCUUCGUGCCAUUGAAAGUCGGAUUCGCGAAGUCGUUGCAGAAACCGUGGUUCUACCAUUCUGGGAUGACAUGCCUUUCCUUGACACCAUCAAUGAGAGCUAUCGUGGUGGAAUUUGGAAAAGAGAGGCCGCUCCUGUGCCUUCCACGGACAUCCCGGAUGAAGAGACUGAGGAUACGGCCGAAUCUGGGAUCUCGGGAGAAAACACUCCCUCAGAUCUCAAGGAAGAGCGAAUAAUGAGUAUGCCGGCCCUGCCAGACAGUCAAACAUUGGGGAAAUCCAAUUCGGGGAAAAAGUCAGCCACUUCUUUGAACGAGUUCUUGGGACUCAAGAGCCCGGACUCGCCUGAAAAAUCGGAGCCACCCACCCCAAGACUCCUGAGGUCAACAUCGUUCGCCAGCGCUGCCAAUCCAGCCGUUUCAACCAACCAUGCAGAUGGGGGAACCCUGGGUCGUGACGCUGAGGUGGCGUCCCGGAGGGAGAGUGUUGCUUCUGUUUUAAAGGUGCUCUCGGCGAAACAAGGGUCAGCGAACCCUUCUCCUGCCAGCUCUCAAGCUGGUUCCCCACCAGUUGAUUCAUCAAUGGCAAGUAUUCUGAAGGGGAGAAGCGAUAGUGGCGCUUCAACCAUGUCGAAUGAGACGGAUCCUAAACCGUGGGACCAGCAACAUACGGCUGAUUCUUCGGUAUCGCGGACGCCGACCAUGUCGAGCAUCAGGUCCAACGACUCAACGUCGACAUUGGACAAUAAGAGCGACAGCCCUUCGUCUCAAGGGUCAGGCCGACCAAAAAGCUUUGCACAAGCCGCAAAGUCAUUAGGUGCCACAGAUAGGAAGCAGGCUCUUGCUUCACUCAAUGCCGCAACUGCCGCUGCUCAAAAAUGGGGUUGGGGUGUAUUGGCGCGCAAUCGCCAAAGAGAUGGAAUAACACCGGGCGCCAACGGUGAUGGGGCUCAUGAUAAUAUGCCGCCGCCGUCGCCACGAGAGCCUAUGGGGAGAGGACGACCACUGCCACCCCCUGGAAUCCCCCUUCCUCCACCCGAAAGGCCGAGUACCAAGGUGGUACCCAAAAGAAAGGCUGUACCUCCACCAUUUCCACCACCACGAGCCGAUACCAGGAAUGGAAAUAUUGGCAGUGCCAGAUCGUCGCCUAAACCCGCCCUACCAGAUCGACGAAGACGGCAGAGCUCUAUGAUGGGGCAUGACGAUGUGGAGGAUGAAGUGAUGGUGGUUGAAGCCCCAACGGAAUCAGCACCCACGAGCCCAGCUCCAAGCGCAGAUGAGAAUCAUGACGAUUUCUUUGGACAUGGAGAGGCUUCGGCAGAGGAGUUGCCUCCCAAGCCACCACUACCCGCACGACGCAGGAGUGAGAGUCCACAUGAGGACUUUACACAGGGCCAAGAAGAAUUGGAACGACGAGAAAUUGGCAUGUAUACUUAAUGAUAAUGAAGAUAUGAGCAGACCUUACCAUGCAUACAGCAUGAAUACACUUAUA